GUCCUCCUCAGCUCGCCAUCAACUCAACAGUCAUGGCUUCGUCUCUGCUGCUGUCAGCUGCCCUGCUGCUUCCCGCAGUCCGCGGCCAGUUCUCCCAUGUCCAGCCCUUGAACACCACCAUCAUCGGCCAGUACGGCCAUGUAGAGCCCGUCUACCCUUCACCAAAUGCCACUGGUAUUGGUGGUUGGGAGGACGCUAUGGCCAAGGCCAAGGCCUUCACGGCCGAGCUCACCAUCGAGGAGAAGGCCAACAUGGUGACUGGCACUCCCGGACCUUGUGUCGGCAACAUCCUCGCCAUCCCUCGUCUCGGCUUCCCUGGCCUCUGUCUCAUGGAUGGCCCUCUGGGCAUCCGUGUCGCAGACUACGCCAGUGUCUUCUCUGCUGGUGUCUCUGUUGCUUCGUCUUGGGACAAGGAGAUACUCUACGAGCGAGGAUACGCCAUGGGAGAGGAGUUCAAGGCCAAGGGUGCCCACGUCUUCCUUGGACCCGUCGCUUCCCCCAUGGGUCGAUCUGCCUACUCCGGACGUAACUGGGAAGGCUUCUCGCCUGACGCUUACUUCACCGGUGUUGCCAUGGAGAAGACUAUUCUGGCUGUGCAGGCAAACGGUGUGCAGGCCUGUGCCAAGCACUUCAUCGCCAACGAGCAGGAGACCCAGCGUAACCCCACCUGGGACCCGAACGGAACCCUCACCGACGUCCUCCAGGAGUCCGUCUCAUCCAACCUCGACGACCGCACCCUCCACGAGCAGUACCUGUGGCCCUUCGCCAACGCCGUCAAGGCCAAGGUCGCCUCCAUGAUGUGCGCCUACCAGCGUAUCAACGGUACCUACGCCUGCCAACACUCCCACCUUCAGAACGGCGUCCUCAAGGGCGAGCUCGGCUUCCAGGGCUACGUCAUGUCUGACUGGGGCGCGACGCACUCUGGUCUUUCCAGCAUCGAGGGCGGUCUGGACAUGAACAUGCCCGGUGACCUCGGAAACUACGGCGCGACCUGGGGAAGCGGCAGCUACUACGGAGGCAACAUCACCCUGGCCGUCAACAACGGCACCCUUGACGAGACUCGUGUCGAUGACAUGAUCGUCCGUAUCAUGACACCCUACUACCUCUUUGGCCAGGACUCCGCCGAAUUCCCCACCAUCGACCCCUCUACUGCCUACCUCAACACCUUCUCCCCGAUGUCGACCUGGAGGGACGAGUUCAACCUGACCGGUGCGUCCAGCCGUGACGUCCGCGGCAACCACAGCGAGCUUAUCCGCAAGCACGGUGCUGCCGGUACCAUCCUCCUGAAGAACGAGGGUGCCCUGCCCCUCAAGGCCCCCAAGAACAUCGUUGUCUUCGGAAACGACGCUGCUGACGUUACCAACGGCUUGUACGGCGAUAACACCGAGGAGUACGGUACUCUCUACGUCGGCGGCGGCUCCGGAUCCGGCCGUGCCACCUACGUCGUCAGCCCUCUCGAGGCCAUCAAGGCCCGUGCCGCUCAGGACAACGCCCUGGUGCAGUACGUCCUCAACAACACCUUCGCCAUCAACAACCUGGGCAGCUCCGGCGAGUCCGGCGCUCUCGGCGGUGUGCUCCUGAUCCCCGACGCCCCCGAUGUCUGCAUCGUCCUCGUCAAGACCUGGGCUGAGGAGGCUUCCGACCGCACCAACUUCGACCUGGACUACCAGGGCGCCGAGCUCGUCAACGUGGUGGCCAGCAAGUGCAACAACACCGUCGUGGUCAGCCACUCGUCCGGUAUCAACAUGCUCCCCUUCGCCGACCACCCCAACGUCACCGCCAUCCUGGUUGCCCACUACCCGGGCCAGGAGUCGGGUAACUCUCUCGUGGACAUCCUGUACGGCGACGUCAACCCCUCUGGCCACCUGCCCUACACCAUCGCCCUGAACGAGACCGACUACAACGCGCCCGUCACCACCUCCGUCCAGACCGACGGCCCCGACGACUGGCAGUCCAACUUUGACGAGAAGCUCGAGAUCGACUACAAGUACUUUGACGCCCACAACCUCAGCGUGCGCUACGAGUUCGGCUUCGGCCUGAGCUACACCACCUUCGAGCUGGCCGACGCCGCCGCCGAGGCCACCGCCGAGGGCAUCACCUCGGCCCCCGAGGAGAACGAGCUCCAGCCCGGCGGCAACCCGGCCCUCUGGGAGACCGUCUACAACGUCACCGUCGCCGUCAGCAACACCGGCGAGUACGACGGCGCCGCCGUGCCCCAGCUCUACGUCGCCUUCCCCACCGGCGACCCCGCCCUGGCCGGCACCCCGCCCCGCCAGCUGCGCGGCUUCGAGAAGGUCGGCCUGGCCGUCGGCGAGACCAAGACCGUCGCCUUCGAGCUCAUGAGGAGGGACCUGAGCUACUGGGACGUCGUCUCCCAGGAGUGGCUCAUCCCCGAGGGCGAGUUCACCCUCCACGUCGGCUUCUCCAGCCGUGACCUGAGGGUCGCCACCACCAUCACGCCCGUCUCGGCUUAGGCGGUGUGAGGGAGCUGGAGGGAGGAGUAAUUUCCU